AUGCAUCGAAUGGCUUGCAAACGUCUACUGGUCCAGCGGUCAGCCGACGCGGCGGCUCAAGCUGCCGUCACUCCUGAAGCAGUAUCGGCGGCCUCUUUGCCCAGCACCGAGGUCGUGCAGCCAGGUGCGUCAUAUGCGUCCCUUUUGGUAACAGAAGCGCGUUGGCGAGACCCAACGGUGGUCCCACGCCAACCAGCUCCUUUACCGUCACCUGGGCGACAUUGGCUUUCGAGCCCCAUCCGAGGACGGGGGGGGGGCUCUGGCAGCACGGUACAGCUGCGCCGUCUCCUGCUGCUACAAGGAUCCAAAUAG